AUGUGGCCCACAUCCCCAUCCACCUCCUACCAACAUCCCCUCCGCCCCAACCAUCCUCACACUCACAUUGAAGAUCCCAGCCCUGGCUUUCCCAUCUUUCAUCCCCCGCCAGGUGAUCAUGAAUUCCUCUGCGAGUACCCCGAAAUGACCGGUUUCGUGCAAUGUUCAAUCCCAGAGAAUAGAGAGUGUUGGCUGAGACAUCCUGAUGGGCGAGAGUUCAACAUUCAUACUAACUAUGAGAAAUUUGCGCCAAAGGGGAUCAUGAGGCAUUACACACUUAAUAUUACGGAGAGUUGGUAUAAUGCUGAUGGGCAGAACUUUACGGAGGCGAAGUUGUUUAAUGGGGAGUAUCCUGGGCCUUGGCUUGAGGCUUGUUGGGGAGAUACGUUCAAUAUCACCGUCAUCAACAGUAUGAAGAGGAAUGGCACAAGUAUUCACUGGCACGGCAUCCGUCAGAACCAGACCAUGGAUAUGGACGGUGUCAAUGGCAUUACUCAGUGUCCUAUUGCGCCAGGUGAUAGCUUCAGCUAUAUCUUCAAUACGACGCAAUGGUCUUCAAGGCCCGAUCGUAAGCCCUUCACAACCCACCCAAGGGAGAUUCCGCUAAUGACCCAGACAAUUCAUGGCCCUCAAUCUGCCCCUUAUGAUGCGACCAAGAGGCCUCUGCUCAUGACAGAUUGGUCUCACGAGAGCGCAUUCAGGCUACUCUUCCCAGGCUCCCUAUUCUCCAACAAGACCAUUCUUCUCAACGGCGCAGGCAACGUCUCCCACUACGGCUACACUCCAACUCUCCCUAUCCCUGACAACUAUGAGUUAUACUUCAACAAGACUCCAACCGACAAGCCAACUCGCCCCAAGAGAUACCUGCUCCGUCUGAUCAAUACUUCCUUUGACUCAACACUCGUCUUCUCCAUUGAUAACCACUGGCUUCAGAUCGUCACUUCAGAUUUCGUCCCCAUUGAGCCGUACUUCAACACGUCUGUGUUGAUAGGUAUCGGUCAAAGAUACAACGUCAUCGUUGAAGCUAAUCCUCUGGGCGGUGAUAUCAAUGAGAUCCCAGAAGAUGGAAACUUCUGGAUAAGGACGUGGGUCGCUGAUACUUGUGGUAUAGCUCCAGGAGGAGACGGUUAUGAAAAGACCGGCAUACUGCGCUAUAAUCACUCUGACAAAGCUCUUCCAUCUUCUCAGCCUUGGGUCAACAUCAGCAAGGCUUGUUCUGAUGAGACGUAUACGUCGCUGAGACCCAAGAUUCCGUGGUAUAUCGGCCCAGCGGCCAAUGCUCAGAACGGUGAGAGGUUCAAUGUUACUUUUGAUCGAAACGCCAAGACAACACCUGAGUUCAAAGACGAGUACCCCGUCGCUACUUUUGGUCUUCAAAGGCCUGGUCAGAGGUUUAGACCACUGCAGAUUAACUACUCUGACCCUGUUAUGUUUCAUCUGGAUGAACCGAGGGAUACUUACCCGCCGAAGUGGGUGGUGAUUCCUGAGGACUAUACCGAGAAAGAAUGGGUCUACUUCGUUCUCACCAUAGACGGUGCCAGUGUUCCCGGUGCUCAUCCAAUCCACCUUCAUGGCCAUGACUUCGCUCUUCUGCAACAAGAGGAACAUCCCUACGACCCAAGCAAGCUGAACUUGAAGCUUGACAAUCCGCCAAGACGUGAUGUCGUCCUACUCCCCGCCAACGGCUUCGCGGUUAUUGCCUUCAAGGCUGAUAACCCAGGUAUCUGGCUGAUGCACUGUCACAUUGCGCGCCAUGCCUCUGAAGGGUUGGCUAUGCAGGUCUUGGAGAGACAGGGAGAUGCGAAUAAGUUGUUUCCUAUUGGCUCGCCCAACAUGAUUGAGGCGGAGAGAGUUUGUAAGGUUUGGGAGACGUGGAUGGAUGGGGAGAAGGAUUUCUUUGAGGGUGACUCUGGUAUUUAG